AUGUCACAACAAAUAAGCCGGUCUGAUUACUUGACUGUGGAGCGCUUGGAUAAUGUCUUCCUCUUCACAAUGACGAAGGCACCCGAGAACCGCCUCAAUGUUCCGUUCUGUACCGAAUUGAUACAAGCUUACAGAAAAGCGCGUGCACUCUUGGGCCAGAAUAGUGAAGGAGCUGUGAUAUUGAAAGGAAACGAUACCAAAUUCUUCUGCACAGGCGUCGACCUCUACGAGCGUGAUACAAAUCCCUAUGCCAGUUCAGAGGGUUUCUAUCCAUUGGUCCGCACGAUUCUUGAUUUUCCGUUCCCGACAAUUUGUCUUAUUACGGGACAUGUUUUUGGAGGAGCCUGCUUGUUAACAAUGGCUCAUGACUACCGAAUAAUGAAUUCUGAGAGAGGAUAUUGGUGCAUGCCUCCGGUUGAUCUAGGUCUGCAUUUUGAUGGGAUCGGUUCACUGUUGAGGGCCAAAUUAGGACCUACUGUCGCUCGAAAAGUUCUGCUGCAAGCUCACAAGUAUAAAGCCACGGAAGCGUUGGGUGACAGCAUAAUUGAUGACAUAGCCUCUCCGGAUGAGAUGCUUGACAAAGCUCUGGCACUUGCAAAAAAGAUGCAAUCAAAGGCGAAGAUGGGGGUUUAUGGCAUGCUGAGAUCCGAGCUAUAUGGGGAAGCUAUUCGGGCCUUCUCAAACAUCAGCAAUGUUUACUCUCGUGUUAUAUCUCGGGAGGCAAAGGUCAAAUUGUAA